CCGCCAGCGCGCGCCGUCCGUGUUGUUGUAGUAAAUAAUGGCGGCAUCGGGAGGAGGAUUACCGUCUCCCGCUACUAUCGCGGGCUUGAGCACCCAAGCUCCGGCCCGGGCUCGCUUCCCGGGUCGGCCGUGCACGGCUCGCAGCAGGCUGCGGUCGGAGAAACGAAGCAGACGCGGAAGGUUGGGCUCGGACGACGGAGAGCAGGCUGCUGGAGGGCCGAGGCCCGUAAACAUCGGUUUGGCGUUGAGCGAGGAUCCGUCCCUGCUGCGCCUGCUCGGGGUUACGGAGAAGCACAGGCGGCAGAAAGAUGCGGGGUUUGACUCCAGCAACAGUGAAGAGGAUGAUGAUUUCUCUGGAUUUGGGACCACAUCACUUUCUCCACAGAAAACUCAGAAAGCUCCUGUGUCUUUACAAAGCCGAACAAAGUCUCCGCAAGUUUCAGACCAUUCUCUAUCAGCCAAACCUCUCAUUGGAAAAAUUGUACAAAAGACCCCAAAACCUGCUCUUAUUGGGAAAAUUGUACCGAGAUGCAGUAAAGAUGGCCCGAUUAUCAAAGAGACCCCAGCAAAAGAUACAGACAUACCCAAAGUGGUCAUUAAACCUCGGUGAUAAACAGGAAGCCAAAACAUGCAGAUGAGCUGGCCUCAGGUAAAGACAGCAGUACAAAAUCAGCUGAAUUUAUCAGCAAAGCAGGGGAGUCUGCACACUCAGGCAGCAUGCAAAACCAAACAGCCACUACCUCAGCUGGUGGCAUGAAGCAAAAGAAGCAGUUAGGCAUUCUGAUGGGGAAAGAAAAAGCUUCCAGGGACAAAGAGCCAGGCGAGGUGUCUGAGGAAUCUGAGACGGAGCAACCCGAGUCACAGAAGUCUGCAAGGCGAAUGAGGCGAUUUCGAGUUGGACACGCGAGACGAACAUCUGAAGCAUCUGCUCCAUCGUUCACCUCGCUUCACAAACGAAGGAGGAGGAAAAUGGGGAAGGAUAUGGGCGCCUCACCGGAGGCAGGGGCUGAAGCUGGAGCUCAGAGUGGACAGGAGGCAGCCAUGCCACUUGAAGGCAAAGCUGCAGAAUCCUUUGACAAAAAAACGGACAAAAAGCGCAGGUCUUUAUUUGGACUUAGGCGAAAGGCAAGAAAAAGUCCUUCAGGCAGUCCAAAAAUACCUCGCUCUCGUGUCACGCAUACUUUUUACACUUAUGUUCCAGACCCCAUUCCAACCAUGCAGAUUCAGGUUGACAGUAAGCAGCAGCUACAAGGUCAGGGUCCAUCCAUGACUUCAUCAGAGGGCGAGUCCAGUUCAUUUUCUGAACAAGCCCAGCAGACGUCUAACAACUCUUCCACCCCUGUAAUGAGUGCAAGGUCGUCCCGCGUCAUCAAAGUCCCUAAGAGGUUUCUGGAUGAAGAAAUGAUAGCUUUUCCAAAGGGUUCUAUAUCAACAUGGCUGAAGAGUCAGCAGAAAGAGGACAGAAAACCGAGUUACGAUGGCAACUCAUUACAGUCAGACAGUGACUCUAUGUCUGUUGUCGACAGCCAGUCUGCUCUGCCAAAGUCCCCGUUCAAGGGCAGUCCAGGCACGAGCCACCUGGAGAUCUACAAGAACCUGAAAAAACUGACCUUAAAACUGGCAGAGAAGAAGAAAGGCCAGUCUGACACUCAGGAUGAUUAUCAUGAAGACAGUCUGAGCUCUCAUGCCCGGAAGAGGCGGAGGUCCAAGCUGAUGAUGGAGGAGAUGGACUCUCCCGGCGUUGUGAGGAAACUAGCUGUGGUGAUGAACACUGAUGUGCAAGCAGCUGCCCAUAAGCCUCUGGGUGAAGAAAGGGCAAAAGCAGAGGAUGCAGACAAAAAUAAUGAAGGAGAAGUUGUUGCUGUGGACUCUAGAGAGGCACUGGAAGUCAGUGGGCCCAGCCAUCGAAUUGGCCUCAGUGGAGCUAAUAAGAGGAUGCUCCACCUGCUAAAGAAGGCCAAAGUCCAGCUUAUUAAGAUUGAUCAGCAGAAGCAGCUCAAGCUGUCACACUCACAGUUGGGCUUCAGAGAAUCACGAGUGGCAGUGAGUGGGAGAAGGCGGAGAAGAAGACCUGGCGUAUCACCCAAAGAAGUUAGCCCACAGGAGCAGCCGCUGGGUGGUCCGAGGAUCAAACAUGUCUGCCGAGCGGCGGCAGUGGCGUUGGGGCAGCCUCGUGCCAUGGUGCCAGACGAUAUUCCCAGACUGAGCGCUCUACCACUUCACGAGAGAGAGGGCAUCACCUUUUCUCCCGCAGCAGAAGAUGUCGCAGAUGAUGACGAUGACCUCUCUGAUCAGGAUAGGACUCAGUGGGCUGUUCCUCAGGAAAGCAUCCAGCGGAAGAUGAGAGGAAGGAGGAAGGGCCACAGGUUUAGAAAGAGGAAGAUACUGAGUCAGUAUUUACCUGGAGGGGUCCGGUCCCGGCGCUGUGGAAGGUGCAAAGGCUGUUUGAUAGAAGAGGACUGUGCUAAAUGUGUCAACUGCCUGGAUAAGCCCAAGUUUGGAGGGCCCAACACCAAGCGACAGUGUUGCAUAUACAAGAAGUGUGAUCGGAUUGAAAAGGCGAAGAUCGAGCGCAUCAUCAGGCCGUUGAAAUUAAAGGCGAGGCGGUUGUCAGCGUCCAUGUCAAACGCCGAUGACUCCAAUUGGGGAGUUGGCGAGGGAUCGUCAGUGACAGUGUCUGGAGACAGAAAACACUCCCUGCGUAACAUCACGCCGCGCUCGUACAGCAGCCUGCUCAAGUCUGAAUCAGAGGAAGAGGAAGAUGAGAUUAAGAGUGAAAAAUCUACAACCAAGCCAAGUACAGCUGUCCCCAGGAACCAAGACCCCGCUCCUCCAGAUGACCUGGUGUCAGACAACACUGCAACAGAACUGGCGAAGCCUCGUCGUCUGUUCACCAAAGGCAAUGGAAGCAGACCCAGGUUAUAUAAGGAACAGGAGAAAACGGGAGAGAUGGAGGCCAGAGACAGUUUACCAGAAACCAGCCCACCCAGGAGCCCCUUGCCGAAGCUGCAGAGGCAGCUACAGAUACACUUACACCGUCUGCCUGAUUUUGUCCUGCAGUCUGCUGUGUCAGUGCAGCAGUUGCCUCAGUGUCUGGAUCAGUGUACUGCACGGUCGCAUCCUAAAUUUUCCCGGCCUGUAAUACAGCCUGCUCUUUCACAUUCACCACAUCCCAUAACGCUAUCGCCUCCAGAGCCGCCCUUGCCUGUCCCACAUCCUGCUUUUCCACUGUCACCACAUCCCGUAACAAAGAAAUCCUUGCAGUUACGUUUGCACCGUUUGCCUCAGUCUGUGGUGCAGUCAGGCUCACAUUUGCACACAAGUGUGUCAUCUUCACCUGAGCCUCAUCUGCAAUCCACACAACACCCACCUGUGCUUGUGCCUCAGACUCUGACACAAAUUUCAACGCAGACAUGUUUUCAGGGACAGCAACAAUCUGAGGUUCAGGACUUGGAUGUGUUGACUGAAAACUGCAAUGUUGAAAAAUGUGUGCACAGUGACGUACAUAUGCACACUCAGCCUGAUGAUCUGGACUCAAAAUUACAAGAGGGAGCACAAGCGGAGCAGGAGGCCAAACCAGAGGAUCAACCUGAAGAGGAGGAGGACGCUUCUGUAAUCAAGACAGUUCUGACAAACAGGCCAGGAACUGACCCACACUAUGUCCUUCGUCCCCAGAAUUCUGCAGAGUGUGGAUCACUGAACACCCUGUCGGGGUUAACUAAUGGAUUUCCCCAAAAGGCCCUGCUGCAGAACAAGCACAAGAUCCGUGUGGAUUUCAAGGAGGACUGUGGCUGUGCAGAAAGUCUGGCUGAUGGGUGGUCCUCAGCGUCCUUAACAUCUGUUCCCACGACACCACAACCAGUCUGUCUGCUCUGUGCCAGUAAAGGCCACAUGAGUGUCGCUUACCUCAUCCCAUUUCCACUAGAUGCUUACUGCCAGAUCUGCUGUGAGCCUUUCCACAGCUUCUGCCUCUCGCGAGAGCGCCCCAGCAGGAGAAACAAGGAGAACUGGUGCUGCAGACGCUGCAAGUUUUGUCACGUAUGUGGUCGGAAAAGCAAAACCACAAAGCCUGUGCUGCAGUGCAGGAGAUGCCAAACCUCAUACCACCCCUCCUGCCUGGGACCAACGUACCCAAAGCCUAUGAACUGCAGCAUACCCUGGGUUUGCAUGACGUGCAUUCGCUGUAAAAGCUGUGGUGUUACUCGAGGAAAGACCUGGGAUUUGGCCUGGAACCAUGAGCAGGACCUCUGUCCGGACUGCACCGCCCACUACGAUAAAGGCAACUUCUGCACCAUCUGCCACAAAUGCUACGAUGACAGCAGCCAACACACACAGAUGAUUCAGUGUUCAAAGUGUAGCCGCUGGGUUCAUUCCAAAUGUGAAGGACUUUCAGAGGAGCAGUUCACGAUGUUCUCAAACCUCCCCGACGUCGUUUUUACCUGUUCACCCUGCAACCACAACCAAAUAGAAUACAGCAGUUUGAAGGAGGAGAUGCAGAGCAAGGUGACGGCCGGGCUGCAGGAGGUGCUCACCGACCUCCUGUCCUCCAGCACCACCCUGCACCUCAUCAUCUGUAAAGCGUGCCAGAGAACAAACGGUACAGAAUUUGUGAAGGAACGAGUCUGUGACCUGCAAGCCGUGGAGAAGAAGUUUAAAGCAGCGGGUUACACCUCUAUAAAAUCUUUCCAUGCGGAUGUUGUGUCUGUGAUGAGGAAGUGGCUGAAGGGGGAGGAGCUUCUCCCUGAGGAGCAGAGACUGACCAGUCAGGCCAAAGAGCAUUAUGUCAAAUUGAUGGAGCGGGUAUUUACUUGGUUUCCUGGACGCUAUCUAAAGAAGUGGAACUCAUUUUCUGAGGAGUUUCCCAGUGGUAUGCUCCCAGAGGCUGUCCUCCCUCCAUCUAAAGAGCACAGCUAUGCACAGUGGCUGGAAAGGAUAUACCAGCCGAGGGAGUCCAGGGGCCCACAGGCAGGGAAGCCCGACUGUUUAUCUCCAGUGAACACACACCAGUCUGGUGCAUCGCACAGCCUUCCUCUGCAUUCACGUGGUGUAAUGGCUGAUAAGGAAUCCAACAUGACUGAAGAUGUGAGACAGUGUGCUCUCUGUCAACAAUAUGGAGAUUCUCCUCCCAGUGAACAAGGACGGCUGCUCUACAUGGGACAGAACGAGUGGGCUCAUGUUAACUGCUGCCUGUGGUCUGCAGAGGUUUAUGAGGAAAACAGCGCUCUUCUGCAAGUACACAGUGCUGUCUCACGAGGGCGCCACCUGCGCUGUGAUCGCUGUGGGCAGUCGGGAGCAACCGUGGGCUGCUGUCUCGCCACCUGCCAGAGUAAUUUCCACUUCAUGUGUGCUCGUGUUCAGAACUGUGUGUUCCAGCAGGACAGGAAGGUGUACUGCUACAAGCACCGGGACCUUGUCAGCACAAAGGUGGUGUCUGGGAAAGGGUUUGAAGUACCUCGGCGGGUUUACGUAGAUUUUGAGGGGAUCAAUCUCAGAAGAAAGUUCCUCACAGGAAUCGAGCCAGAAUGUAUUAACAUGACUAUAGGUUCUCUACAGAUCCAAAAGCUGGGUGUGUUGACGGAGCUGUCAUCAAACGGGAGGACACUUUACCCUAUUGGCUAUCAAUGUUCUCGCUUGUACUGGAGCACUGUGGACCCCCGAAGGCGCUGUAAGUACACCUGUAAGGUGACAGAAGUGAGCACACCUCUCCCUGGUGAGGAACAAGAUCUGAGGUGGGAUCAAGAGGAGAACCUCACCAUCGUGCACAGUCCGAACCACCACAGAGAUAUGGAAUCUAUAGAAUGUUUGAGCUCCUCAUCCAGUCCAAUUAAAUCUAACACUCCAUCACCCAACUCCAAACUGCACAACACACCUGGAUCCAAAAGUCCUGGUUACUCACAGACCAGGAGACCAGCAGGAGGAUCAUCUAGACCUCUACCAUCUCCAGGGACCGUUCCUCCCAAAUCUCAUCACAUACUGACGCUAAGGGACCUGGAGGACACCCGUCGCACUCGAAGGCUCUCAUCAAGAAGCCGGUGUAGCUCCUCCCCCUCAGACAGCGACCCGUCUGCACCCAUGACCCUCCGAUCUGGUGGCACCGUCUCCACCCGAUGUGCCCUUUUCAGUUCCCCUCCACGAUCAUCAACCUUCGGAUCAAUCUCCCCUCCUCUGUCACGUCAAAACUCAACGUCUCCCGUCUGGGGCUCGCCAACCAGAUCCAACUCCAGUAUUUCCGGACUGUCACCGCGACAUGGGUCCAUCACUGCCUCCCCUAGAGGAAAACAGAACUUUAAAAUCACCACCCCCAUCUCUGCUGAGGUGCCACAGGAUUUCCUUGCAUCCUCUGAGGCAGAAGAUGCAGCUGUGGCCACAACUAAUGGAAUCUCACUGGCUCCUGACAAUUUGGAGGAAGAAGUGGCCCACCUGAUGGCGCAGGAGCUGCCUUACACUGUGUUUGACACAGACACAGAGGUAGCCGUGGACUCCAUGCUCAACGCUAAGCUCGAGUUUGACGAGACCCUGCUCACUGAAAACGUGGCACUUCACUGCGGAGCACAAAGCGGCAGAGUGGAGGCAGAAAGCGUGACGCACGAUUUGGAAAUGCAGGAACAUAAUCAGGAUUCUGAAGAUGAAGACUCGAGCCGUUAUUUAAAAUUUGCUCGUACCGUGGUGUGUGAUGUUGCCAGCAGCUCCGAAGCCUCAGGUUUGUCUUCGACACCAUCGAUCAUGCAGCUGGACGGAGCAGACGGCGGGUCAGAGAGUGACGGAAGCGAAACGCUGGAUGAUGACCCUGAGAAAGAUACAGAAAGCGAAGAAUCUAAAAUUCAUACCAACCACGAUACACCCACUAAGCAGCUGACGGUUGCUCUUGAGAGACUGGAAUCAAUCUGCUCUGUGUCAAACUCAGAAGUUGAACAAGGCACAAGCGACCCAGAGUAUCACAACCAGUUAGCACCAUCAUCUGUUUUUGAAUCGGGUUAUGCAAACAAUCAUAUGCCAGAUGAGGUUGUGUUGAAUUCUGAAAUGGCUCCCUCUCAAAAAGGGAUGUUUCUGGAUUCAGAGACCGGUCAUCUUGUUGUCACUGGAGGCUCAAUAAUGUACCCGAAUAACAAUAUGGACAGAGACGACAGCAGCACAUCCAGCGAAUCCGCUGAAGGAUUUAAAGAUGAUCUGAAUGAUCCAGACUACUCUCCAGAGACAAAAGCCAAAAAAUCUCCUUUAGGCCAGGUGAAAGUCAUUGUGAAGUCGAAAAACUCCACAUCAAACCUCAAACGCUUGCCACCGAAACCGAUCAUUCCACAGCAGCAUAAACUCAAGCUGAUUUUGCCUUCGCGUCCUGCACAGACUGUGAAUAAUGCAUCGGUUUCUCCUAGUGCAGCCACUUUUUCUGCAGUUCCUCGCACAGUCACCUCACCUAUUGUUAUCAACGGCUUGAACGCUUUACCGAUUCAGCCCGGCGCCACACGGGGAAGGACAAUCGCCAUCCGUUUGGACAACCCAAAGCCAGGAAGUCAGCAAGAGGUUCAGAAUCAGGCUGCGGCUAUGAACUCGAACCAGCCGCCCUCUCCUCAGGUUCUACUAGUCAACCGUCAAGGUCAGAUUCUCAUCAAAGACCCGCGAACGAACACUUAUCAGUCACUUAAUACCAAUUCUCCUGCGUACAAUAAAAUAAGCCAGAUUGCCAAGAUUCUUCACGGUGGAAAUGCUUUGCAGCGCUCCGCCCCUCGUGUGAUAAUAAGGUCUCAGCCCAGCGCCACAGCCACAAACGCCUCUGCGACGGUCAACCACACAACACCAUCUGAAGGAAAAAUCAUCGUGAGGGUGGUGCCUGUAAAAACCAGCGGGACUCCCACUCCUAGACCUCCAAUCAUCGACCCACCCCCUCCCGAACCCAGCUUCUCCAAAAUCGAGGAAAGCACGGCCCAAGCCAUCAUCGACCGAGCCAUGGCCACUCACCGCGAUGUGCCAAAGACGACACCCAUCAUCCUCGGCAACGCCCGACAGCAAAAGAGAAAACCCCGGAGGGAGUCCCAGCUUGCAGAGAGUCCACAGGAGUCGCCAACUGCUCUCUCCAGGUCUCCUAGUUCUGUCCUCGACGAACCGGACUCCAGUCCUGCUGCUUCAUCACGAUCCCAAGUCCGAGUUAAGAGAGUGUCGUCCGUGACUGAGCGGCCAUCCAGGAAGAAAUCCAAGAUGGACUUUCUGAAGGAUCUUUCCAGCGAGGUGGAUGAAGAAAGUGAUACCAGCAGACCGAGCGGCGUGAGAAUGAAAGCUCCAUCUCUGAAGGAUAUCCUUGAUCUGGACCAGGAGAAUAUAUCUGGUCCUGAGCAGCUGGGGAGGAUUACAGCCCCACCACCGCCUACACCCAGCAGACAUUAUCAGGAUGAAGGUCCACAAUCAUGCAGUCAAAACACCGUGGACGUUCAGGGUCAAACACACAAAUGGAUCAGCGCUCGGCAUGGAGACCUCUCUGAAUGGGGCCCUUAUUCAGGAUUCAGCUCAGAGGACGAUGCUCCUGCACCUAAACACAGAAGGAGGACAUACAUGAACCAGCCUCACCUGCGCUUUGAAAUCACCAGCGACGACGGCUUCAGUGUCAAAGCGAACAGUAUAGAAGUUGCGUGGCGUGCAGUGAUCGAUGGCGUCCUCGAAGCGCGGGCAGGGUUCCACCUGAAGCAGCUGCCGCUGGGUGGGAUGAGCGGCCCACGGGUGCUCGGUAUCGUCCAUGAUGCUGUCAUCUUCCUGCUGGAGCAGCUGCAGGGAGCUGCCAGCUGCAAACACCACCGCUUCCGCUUCCACCGCUGUGAUAACAUCGAGGAGGAGCUUCCUCUCAACCCCAGUGGCUGUGCUCGUGCUGAAGUUUACACACGGAAAGCAACUUUUGAUAUGUUUAACUUCCUGGCAUCACAGCACAGAGAGCUCCCAGACAUAGUAGGUCCAUUUGAUGAAGAGGAUGAUGAAUUUCCACUGAAAUCAUCCAGACGAGCCACCAGCAGUGAGCUUCCCAUGGCAAUGAGGUUCAGACACCUGGAGAAAAUCUCCAAAGAGGCGGUUGGAGUUUACAGAUCUGCGAUUCAUGGCCGAGGCCUUUUCUGCAAAAGGAACAUCGAGGCUGGGGAGAUGGUGAUUGAAUAUGCCGGCACCGUCAUCCGCUCCGUCCUCACAGAUAAACGGGAGAAAUAUUAUGACGGCAAGGGCAUCGGCUGUUACAUGUUCCGCAUCGACGAUUUCGACGUGGUGGACGCAACGAUGCAAGGCAACGCGGCCCGUUUCAUCAACCACUCGUGCGAGCCCAACUGCUACUCGCGCGUCAUCAAUGUGGACGGCCGCAAACACAUCGUCAUUUUCGCCCUGAGGAAGAUCUACCGCGGGGAGGAGCUGACGUACGACUACAAGUUCCCCAUCGAGGACGAGAGCAACAAGCUGCACUGCAACUGCGGCGCCAGACGCUGCCGACGCUUCUUGAACUAGUACAAACCACACACACACGCACCAGUAAGAACAGCCACCUGACAUCAGGACGCAAAGGAUGAAAGCGAAUGUCGCAACGUAGCCAUAAAAGCGAAGCCGCUGAUGCACAUAGACCAGAUCUACUGAACGUCUUCACUUUGUUGAAAUCUUAAUUUAUUGAGCAGUGGAGGCGGAGGGCAAGGGCAGGCUGUGUUUGUUCAUUUCUGUCCUGGCGUUUCUCUGAACUGCUGUUAACAGUCACAGAAACCUGUUAGAGCCAUAACUGUAAAACAUUUGGAUGAAGACUAUUUAUUUAGUUUCUGCUGGAUCGAGAAGGUAGUUGAAUGAAUGGAAGCCGCAGUAUCUUUUGACUUCAUCUACUCUUUAACCAUCCUUAAAAAAAGAAAAAAAAAAAAAAAACUCACUUUAUUUCAGUUUUACAUUAAUAAAUUAUCCUCUGCCGGAGGAUAGGUGACACCACUGCUGGGGGGGCCGACGUUAACAGUGCAGUUUACUGUCAGAUCGCUCUGUGUGACGAAGGAUUCACUAUUGUCUUAAGGACAAACAGUCUUCGUGAAUACAAAGUCACAAAGAAGGACGAGGAGAAUUUAUUUCGCACCUUACAGACUGUAAUCUCCUCUGCCAACACCGGCGUACACAACACACAGAGCGAGUUUUAUCACAGAACAAAAACACACACUUGACUCCAAACACCUCACUGUAGUGCAGCUACAUUUUAACUUCACUCUGGAAACCACGAGUGUCACGAGCAGGGAUUCUGAUAUUAACCUGUUCUUUUAUGAAGGUGCUGGUGACAUACCCCCACCCCUCCCCC